UUCAUUCCUCCCUUUCUUCCUUUAUCUCUCACAGAUCCCAAAAAGACCAGAUCGUAAAAACCAUUUCUUCUCUUUUUCCGAUCACCGGAAGUUACAUAUCUCUCCUUCUACGGCGGAACGCGGCGGCGGUCGUGGUGGAUGGCAAGAACCAAUAAAUAUACCUCCCUUAACUUCAACGACAUCUACGAGAAGAAAACUACUAACAAUAACUCUGGUAAACCAAACUCUUCUUCAUCGUCGUCGUUAGAUAGUCGUAACAAGACUAUUAUCUCCAACUCUCGUAUCCAUGGACAUAUGCUUGUCCUGAGCCGGCCUACUCCCAAGCCAAUCUCCAUUCCUCAAACCCAGCCUAUUCCGAUCCAGCAACAAACUAAGUUACAGAGCCCACCGGAUCAAAUCCAUGCUGAAUCGGACUCUAUUUCACUUCGUCCUCAAGGCCGUACUGGAUCCGGCACAACCUCACUGUCUUCCUCUCCUGUGAACCCGCCUUCACCUUUGCAAUCGCCUUUGCCAAAGUCGAACCGGUUCGUACCGCCACAUCUUAGACCGGGUUUUGUAGGACGGGAGGAGAAACCGGUGCCGGAUGUUGCGAAGGGUGGUCAGGGAGUGAGAGCUAGACCGGAGGUUGGGGCUGGUCAGCAUCAUCAUCAUCAUCAGGGAUAUCUUGGGUCGUCACCUAAUCGAUAUGGAGAGAACGGUAGGCCGAAAUCGGGAGGUGGGUAUGAACGAAUGAGGGGAUUUAGUGAGGCUGAUUCUGUGAACUUCGUGAACCGGCCUAGAUCUAGCGGGGCUCGGCCCAACUCUAGUGGAUGAUGGCAUAAUGAUCCUGAUGGAGCUUAGCUCCCCUUUGCCGAUGAGGAUGGAUAGGUCUUUUCUGAGGCAAAUAGGCUCGGAAGAUCAGAUGUGGAUGGCUGUUAAUGGUUAUUGAAGUCAUGGAAGAUGGAUUAGGACCAGGUUGCUCCUUUUGUCUGCAGUAAUCCCAGUAACCAAAUAAUGAGUUGCUGGUGUUAAAGGAAGACGUUCAAGGAUCAAAGCUCGAUCAAAUUGUUUUUUUCAUUUCUCGCCUUCUAGUUUUAUUUGCUUUCGCGUCUACCUUCUACUCUCUUGCGAAGUGAGAAGGUUUAGAUGAAAUUUAGUGUAUUGUUGUAUGUUUUACUCUAGGUGAUAUAUUGUGCAACUAAAAUAAAGUGGUGUAUUCUGAUGGUUUGCUACCACCAUCACCAUAUUGUACUUUCAGACUAUCUCUAUCACAGUGCAUAUGAAUUUGUUUCUGUUUUCA